UAAAUUCUCAACUCAGAAGGGUAAAAUUUUCUUAACCAAAGAAUUCAAGGGUAAUUCUUGUGAGUAAUUCUGAAAUUACUCGCUCUUCUUUUUCCUCCGUUUAUUGAAUUUGAUUUUGAGAAAUAUGAAGAUCGUUGCUGCUUAUUUGUUGGCUGUGUUGGGCGGCAACGCCUCUCCCUCCGCCGAGGAUAUUUCCAACAUUCUCGCCUCAGUUGGAGCUGAGUGCGAUCAGGAAAGAGUUCAACUCCUCUUGUCUCAAGUUGCUGGCAAAGAUAUGACUGAGUUGAUUGCUGCAGGGAGGGAGAAAUUGUCUACUGUACCCUCAGGAGGUGGUGCAGUUGCUGUUGCUGUCGCUGCACCUGCUGCUGGUGCACCCGCAGCAGCUGCUGAGGCGAAGAAAGAAGAGAAAGAGGAAUCUGAUGAAGAGGAUAUGGUGUUCAGUCUCUUCGACGACGAAUAAGAAGAAAUUUUGUUUUAGUUUUAGAUGCUGCUUGAAUGACAGCCAUUUUGCACACUCAAUAUGUGUUACAUACUACUACUACUUUGUUUUGGAUUUUAAUUGCUUUGAAUCAUGUCAUUUACUACAUACUAAUAUAGUGGUAUCAUUUUUUGAA